AUGAAUGUCUCUAACAUUGCCCUAAACCAAGCAUACGUAGACUUAGUCGAAAGAGAGCGAUUCGCCAGACUUCCUUAUGGUGUUCUUGUACUAAUCUGUUUCGUGAUCGGCAUCAUAGGCAACAGUCACGUGAUCCAUAUUUUCCGGAAAAUGGCCCGAAAGAAAACUCCCUCCGAAUUAAUCAUAUUUGUUUUGGCGCUGUUCGAUUUGGUCACAUUGGUGCUGUUUAUUGCAAAAGAAUAUGAAAGAAUGAGAUAUGUCAUGAAAAAUAACUUUGAAAUAGUUUGUAAAAUUAGUAACUACUUUGGAUUUGCUGCCGGGCUUUCUUCUUCAUUAUUUGUGUUAGUCUUGGCUAUAUAUAGGCACCAGCGUCUUUACAACCAAGGAACCACACAGACAACUGUUCCAAACAUUAUAAUAAAGUUAGUUGGAUGUUGUGUUAUUUCGGCACUUCUAAGCAUCCCUGUACCUUUAAUUGUCGGUUUUCAAUCUUUCCAAGUUGAGGGUUUUCAAAUAAAUAGAUGUUGGAUUGCAGAGGAGCAAUUCUUCGCAAGUCUUCCAAAGGUUUAUUUCAUAUCUUUAUUUGUGUUAUCUAUUGUGGAAUGUAUAAUUAUCGGAGUUUGCUAUUCAAGAAUCGCCAAAAUUUUACGUCGCCUAAAGAUAGCAAUAACAGUUGAAGGAAAGCAAAAGGACUCAUGUCAAAGGGAACAAACUGAAACUUCUAUAGUGCUAAAUACUAUUAUUGAUAAUGGCGAGAGUUCUUCGGAAAGGGAUCAAAAGUCAGGCAAUGACAAACAAGGCACACAAGAGAAAGAAAUAAAGGAUUCGACUGAUGUUAGUACAAGUCAAGGAGUCAAAGAUAACAGACAAAAAACAGAAGAAAAGGCUGAAGAGAAGACUAACUCCACUUCUCUAGAAGGAAAAAGGACGCUUUCGACACUUUCGGUUGAAAGUGGUCACGCGGAUGAAAAGAACGAUGGGAUCAGCGGUGAUGAAGAGUCAGAAUCUAGAAAUUUUAGAUUUACUCUCACGAUUUUCGUGAUUUCUAUCACAAUUAUGUUAAGUUAUAUUCUGUUUUUAAGCCUUUACAUUUUUAUGGUUUUUAAGAGAUCCGACUCUGUUUUCAGAAUUAUAUCUGUUAAAGAGGAUGCCUUUUACACGUAUGCUACGGAUAUCGUGGCCGUUAAUGCUGUUAUUGAUCCGUUUGUUUAUUUCUUUAGUGAUAAAGGGUACUGGGAAAUGGUUAAAUCUAUUUAUAAACGAAAGUAA